AUGAACGAUCAUCAACUAGUUGUUGCCAAAGUUGUGGUUAUUGUGGUGCUGCUGUUGGUCACAUUAAUCUUCUGCUUCCUGCCUUAUAUCCUCAAUCGUUGGUACAAAUGGACUGAACGGAAUGUGGGCAAUGCUCGGGACUUUCUCGCAGUGCUUUGUCUAUUGAACUUUGGUGGUGGCGUCUUGAUUGCCACCACUUUCAUUCACAUACUGCCCGCGGUGGUGGGCGUUGUGGAUGCACUGCAGCAAUGCGAAAUGCUGGCGACAACGCCAUUUGCGUUGCCCGAGAUGCUCAUGUGUUCCGGCUUCUUUCUGAUGUACGGCAUUGAGGAAUUGAUGUACUUCAUAGUCGGACGACAGCAGCGUAAGAAGCAGGAGAUACUGCAGCAAGCUCUAGAGGAAGGCACAGACAAGGAACAGCAGCAGCUGGAAGAUGUGGCAGAACCGAAUUGGCUGCGUGGUCUGGGCAUUAUUGUGGCGCUGUCGUUGCACGAACUCUUUGGCGGCAUGUCCAUUGGCCUCGAGGAGAGUGUGCAGAAUACUUGGUUCAUGUGUGGCGCCAUUGCGGCCCACAAGCUCGUCUUGGCCUUUUGCAUUGGCAUGGAGAUUAUGAUGGCCCACACACGCUGGCUAAUUGCGGUCAUCUAUCUGGUUGUCUUCUCCAUUGUGACGCCCAUUGGCGUGGGCAUUGGCAUUGCGGUCAGCGAGACAGCGAGUGCGAAUCAACCCAGCAUUCCGGCUGGAAUUUUACAGGGUAUUGCCUGCGGCACUCUGCUCUAUGUAGUCUACUAUGAGAUUGUGGCCAAGAAUCAUGCUGGCUGGCGCAUCUUCCUCUGCUGUCUGGGCGGCUUUGUGCUCAUGUUUGGUCUGCAAAUCGCAGUGGUCGAAGCGAAGGGUAAAGGUGGCUACGAAUGCCCCAGCCAUGUGGUCAAUAGUGUCAACUAA